AUAACCCUUUCCACCCCCCACCCGCCGCUCGGCGCCGUCUUGGCAGGAAAACCUAAUCUUCCCAGCUUUCCUCCUCCCGAUCGCGUGCAAGGCGGCCGACGAUCGACGACCGGCAUUCGUGCGCGAGGUGGCAUUCUCUCCGACGGUGCCUCCCUUCUCGCGGACGGCGCUCAUUUGACCUCAGAAUGAGGCUAUCCUUUCAAAGUUCAUUCGAGAAACUUGAUGUGGUGCUUAUAGUAUGAUUUCCAUGCUUUACUUUGUAGUAGAAAGCAUGGGCUCAUUCUGCAGUAGACAACAACCAUUGAAUGAGGUUGAUUCUGACGAGAACAAACAAGCUGCAAAAAUUGAUAGCCGGAUUGCUGAAGAAACAAAGGCUGAACAGCAUAUCCAUAAGCUUUUGCUUCUUGGUGCUGGAGAGUCAGGAAAGUCUACAAUUUUUAAGCAGAUAAGGCUUCUCUUCCAAACUGGGUUUGAUGAGGCGGAGCUAAGAAGUUAUACAUCAGUUAUCCAUGCUAACGUGUAUCAGACAAUUAAAAUAUUGUACGACGGAGCAAAAGAAUUGGCAGAAAAUGAGCCAAAUUCUUUGAAGUAUGUCGUACGCGCUGAUAAUAAGGAGAUUGGUGAAAAAUUGUCAGAAAUUGGAAGCAGGAUGGACUCUCCUUGCCUUACUAAAGAAAUUGCAAAAGAGAUUGUGACUUUAUGGAAUGACACUGCUAUUCAGGAAACUUAUUCUCAUGGGAACAUAUUACAAGUCCCAGAUUGUGCUCAGUAUUUUAUGGAGAAUCUAGAACGAUUUUCUGAAGUAAAUUAUAUUCCAACAAAGGAAGAUGUUCUUCAUGCCAGAGUACGAACUACUGGUGUUGUAGAGAUCCAAUUCAGUCCCGUAGGUGAGAGCAGAAAAAGUGGUGAAGUUUACAGGCUUUAUGAUGUAGGAGGCCAGAGAAAUGAGAGAAGAAAAUGGAUCCAUCUAUUUGAAGGUGUCACUUCUGUGAUUUUCUGUGCUGCAAUUAGCGAGUACGAUCAAAUGCUUUUUGAGGAUGACACAAAAAAUCGGAUGAUGGAGACCAAAGAACUAUUUGAGUGGGUCCUAAAACAAUCCUGCUUUGAGAAGUCAUCAUUUAUGCUGUUUCUGAAUAAGUUUGAUAUCUUUGAAAAGAAGGUUCAUAGAGUCCCCUUGAAUGUAUGUGAGUGGUUUAAGGAUUAUCAGCCCAUGGGAUCUGGGAAGCAAGAGGUGGAACAUGCAUAUGAAUUUGUGAAGAAGAAAUUUGAGGAACUAUACUUUCAAAACAGCAAACCAGACUGUGUUGACCGGGCCUUCAAGAUUUACAGGACAACUGCCUUGGAUCAGAAACUUGUAAAGAAAACUUUCAAGCUUGUUGAUGAGACCUUGAGGAGGAGGAAUCUCAUCGAGGCUGGUUUGUUGUGAAGAGAGAAUCUUUGUAGUCCCACUUGUGUUGGAUCUCAUCUUAUAUUGGAUGAGCUCCAAGUAAAUCUUCGAACAUUUUAUGAUUUUUUGUAGUCCACUUUAGGUCGAAGUGGGUCAAAGAAAGAAACAUUUUGUUCCCAUCUGCUUGUGUUGGGUUGAUGAUCCUUGACAGGUUCAAGGUCUGGUAGGGCCCACAAGUUUCUUUUAUCGUAGUAAAGGUCGAAGUAAAUGAGGGUCGGUUGUGGAUCCUUUGCUGUUGUAAUCUCGCUGAAUAUUUUUGUAUGCUUUGAUGUCACCAAAAGUAUGCAUUUUUACGAUUAAUCUUUCA